AUGGACAAAAUUCAAAUCCGCGCGAUUUUCUUGUUCCAGUUCAAACUAGGCCGAAAAGCUGCCGAGACAGCUCUGUAUGACUCCAAAGAUGUCACAUGCGUCCGUAAUUAUCUAUAUCCCGACGGAGAGACAAUUUCUUUUUUUUUUCUAAAUUUGUUCAUUAUCUAUCUAUCUAUCUAUCUAUCUAUCUAUCUAUCUAUCUAUCUAUCUAUCUAUCUUAUCACAUUAUUAGCUAUUUCACGUUCUUUUGAUUCUAUCUAUCUAUUUUAUAUCUAUAUCGGUUACGUCGUAUCUAUCUAUCUAUCUAUCUAUCACAGGCUAUUCAUAGCUAUCUAUCUAUUUAUCUUUCUCAGUUACAUCGUAUCUAUCUCGCUAUCUCAUGUUUAUAUUUUUCUUCUUUCAAAUUCGCAUUAUCUAUCUAUCUAUCUAUUGAUCUAUCUAUUUUUUAUUUAUAUUAAAGUUCUUUUUUUCGACAGUUUUUCUAAUUUUCCUUCUUUUUACAUUUUUCUUAUUUUCUUUUUUCUUUCCUUUUCUUUCCUUCUUUCUUUUUUUAUCCUUUCUUUUUAUUUUUUUCUCUUUUUUAAAUUAUUAAUGAUUUUUUUUUUUAUUUUUUCUUCCCAUCAUCAUUGCUUUCUAUCUUUGUUUUUUCCUGUCUUUUCUCUCUUUUUCUUUUUUUUCUUAUUAUUUUUCUUCGCUUUUUCUUUUUCUAAUUUUUUUUUUUUCUUUUUUUCUCUCUUUCUUUUUUUUUUUUUUUUCUUUUUCUUUUUUUUUUUUUUUUCUCUUCUUCAAUCAUUUUCUCUCUUUCAGUCUUUUUUUCUCUCUUUUAGUCUAUUUCUUUCUCUCUUUUUUUUUCUUUUCUAUCUUUUUUUCCCAUCAUUCUGUCUUUUUCUCCCUAUUUCUGUACAUUUCAUUUUUUUCUCGGUUUCUGCCUUUGUCUCUCUCUGUCUUUUUCCUCUUUUCUUUCUUUCUUUUCUCUGUUAUUCUCUAUUUUUUCUAUUUUCUUUCUAUUUUUCUCUUUCUUUUCAUUUUUUUUUUAAAUUCUUCAUUUUUUUCUAA